UGGCCGGAGGGGAUGGGAACCAAUGGGCGCGGGCUCUUGGGACCGGUGUCAAAGCAGUGGGAACAGCGGAAAAGCAGCAAGAUCAAAACAAAUACGGUGUAUGGGAACACCAAGACCCCGGUAACCCCAUCCCUGCCAAAGGGACCUCGCCCUCAUCCUCUUCAGGGGCGCGGCACGCCCAGGGGGCCGCUGCCGCGGUCCAAUUUCCUCCCGCGGGUGUUCUCCGCGGGGCCUGCACGUGUGUAAGCAUCCGCCCAUUGGCCAGUGCACGCGCGCGUGUGUGUGUUUCUGUGUGCACACGCCUGGGACGCGCACUCACGCAAUCCAACUCUGUCUCCAAGAGAGGAGGGAGACGGCCGGGCCUUAACUCGGCCCACUAGGCCACUCUGUCCGUGCGGCGACCUUAUCCCGGCCCCAGCCUGUCUGCAUCCGGGUCCCAUAUCAGUGGCUGGCUCGACCGGGUUUUUUAAUCACUCCUGCCCUCUGUCCUGGCUCCGCCGAGCAACGGCUCUCUUCCCACCCGCUGGAAAUGUCGCUGGAAACUCUGAGUGCCGCUCACUGGCCCCCACCCCGGCCCGACGCCAGCCCUGCGGUGGGGGCGGGGGAAGCAGCUGGGAAACCGGAGCGGUCUCCCUGGGGACCCUGGACCUCCUCUCCCGGCGCCGCCUCGCGGCCGACCCAGCCCCCGGCAAGGCCCACAGCGUCCCCGCGGCCCGCCCGCUCGCACCCCGACGGGGAGCGCUCUCGCGCCCCGGCCGGCCAGAGCCCCCGCCCUCCGCCCCAGUCCGGCCCAGGGGCCAGAUCACAGGGAGAGACACAUUCUGCCCGCGCGCCUGCCGGCCCCGCGCGCCUCUCACGGUCCUUGCUCCCAGCGUCGCCCUCGUCCCCACUUCUCCGGCCCCGCCGAUCCCCCUCUUCCUCCUCGGGCGCCCGGCCUCGCGGAGCCUGUCCUGAUCGGGUCACAAGGGCGGACGGCACAACCCGGACUUCUCCCUGCCCUCCCUCCCCGAGGGCCCGCCGCGGCCGCGCCAGGCAGGAGCCGCGCAGAGAUGCUCCUGUGUCCUCUCGGGCGUCCGCAGUCCCCUCCACCUGCUCUCCAGGGAAGAGGACACGCGGAGGAGAAGCUCUCCAGCCCUGACCCGAGCAUGCAGGCCCCACCCCACAGCCUCCCAGCUGGGCUCAGCCUGGAUGACUUCAUCCCAGGCCACCUCCUGGCCCACGUAGGGUCAUCCGCCCAGGGGACACGGGUGCCCGUGAUCCGGAAUGGUGGCUCCAACACCCUUAAUUUCCAGUUCCAUGACCCUGCGCCCAGGACUGUGUGCAAUGGGUACUUGCCACCGAGGAGAGAUGCUUCCAGACACCCAGACCCUGCUUGGUAUCAGACCUGGCCGGGCCCUGGGAGCCGGCCCCCUGGGAACCAGAAGACCCCUGCCUCCCAGCAUUCCCAGAAGUGGUCAGCCACAUGGACCAAGGACAGCAAACGGCGCGACAAGCGCUGGGUCAAGUAUGAGGGCAUCGGGCCUGUGGAUGAGAGCGGCAUGCCAAUUGCGCCCCGAUCUAGUGUUGACAGCCCCAGGGACUGGUAUCGAAGAAUGUUCAAGCAGAUCCACCGGAAAAUGCCGGACCUACAGCUGGACUGGACCUUCGAGGAGGCACCCAAAGUGGAUUCUUCCUGUGCCACAUCUGCAAACUCAAGGCAUCCAGGGCCCCAGCAAAGACCACCUGCCAGGCCAAACCAGAAGUCGCCUCUGAGCGGAAGAAGCUGGGACGUCUCUGAAGAGUCUCUUAGAAGCACCUUCAGUUGCAGUCCUGGAGCACCCUCCUCCCUGCACCAGACCUCAAAGCAGGUGCUCAGACGCCGAGAGAAAGCGGACAAUAUCUGGACGGAAGAAUCCUGGAACCAGUUUCUGCAAGAACUAGAGACUGGGCAGAAGCCCAAGAAACCACUGGUAGAUGACCCUGUUGAGAAGCCCUCCCAGCCCAUUGAGGUCCUGCUGGAGAGAGAGCUGGCCAAGCUGAGCGCCGAGCUGGACAAGGACCUGCGGGCAAUAGAGACUGGGCAGCCGUCCCCCAAGAGCUCUCAGGCGCCCCGACGGUCCCGGGAGCCGCGGCCCCCAGCGCGCCCGGCCUCCGCCUGGAGCUCCAGCUCCCCGAAUGCACUUUACCCGAGUUCCUCCCUGAGCCCCCACAGGAUGGCGGAUGGAGGAAGCCCCUUCCUGGGUCGGAGGGACUUUGUCUACCCUUCCUCAACUCGAGACCCUAGUGAUCCAGGGGGCAGCCCUGCCAGGAAGGAAGAGAAGAAGAGGAAGGCCGCCCGGCUCAAGUUUGACUUCCAGGCCCAGUCCCCUAAGGAGCUGACUCUGAAGAAGGGUGACAUUGUCUACAUCCACAAGGAGGUGGACAAGAACUGGCUGGAGGGAGAGCACCAUGGCCGCCUGGGCAUCUUCCCCGCUAAUUACGUGGAGGUGCUGCCAGCAGAUGAGGUUCCCAAGCCAAUCAAGCCUCCAACCUACCAGGUGCUGGAGUACGGAGAAGCUGUGGCCCAGUACAACUUCAAGGGGGAUCUGGAGGUGGAGCUUUCCUUCAGAAAAGGGGAGCGUGUCUGCCUGAUCCGCAAGGUGAAUGAGCACUGGUACGAGGGCCGCAUCUCAGGUACCGGGCGCCAGGGCAUCUUCCCUGCCAGCUAUGUGCAGGUGACCCGGGAGCCCCGGGUCCGGCUCUGUGAUGACGGCCCCCAGCUCCCUGCGUCUCCCCGCCUGCCCACCGCCCGCCUGGUCCAUCACCCCAGCUCUCCCUUAACACCGCGCAGCCCAGCUGACCCCACUGACUGGGGGGGCCAGACCUCCCCUCGCCGCACCGGCGUCUCCUUCCCUCCCCAGGAGUCCAGACCUCAGACCCAGAGUCUCAGCACCCCCGGAUCAGCUCUGUCCCAUCCUGGAGGCUCCAGCCAUCCCCAGGACCUGGGGACCUCGUCCUCCACCACCUCCGAGAUACACUGGACCCCGUACCGGGCGAUGUACCAGUACAGGCCCCAGAAUGAGGACGAGCUGGAACUGCGGGAGGGGGACCGGGUGGACGUUAUGCAGCAGUGUGACGACGGCUGGUUUGUGGGUGUCUCCAGGAGGACCCAGAAAUUUGGGACAUUUCCUGGAAAUUAUGUAGCCCCGGUGUGAGUGGUCUCCGUGGCAACUCAGAGCCCACCCAGGAUGGGGUGGGGAACAGAGCACUUAUGGGAGGGAGAGAGGACCCCCCUACACACACACCCCUCCCCCAGGACCUGAGCUGCUGGCAUCUGCAGACAAGCCCAGCAGUCUUUUCUACAGAACCUCCCUUGAAGCCCCCUGGACUGAUUCCCACCCACAACUCACAAGCAUUCCUCUAACAGCCCUUUUAUUUCCUCCCCUUCCCCACUCCCCAAAUAUAGAGGUCUGCUUUGAAGUGGAGACUGUUUCAGGCCUUAUUGAGACCAGACCCCUGAGUCCCCCACCCCGCUAUGGCGUUUCCUUUUAACAGGGACCGGCUCCCAGCUUUACCCCCAUGGGGUUCCUCUAACAAGAACCAGCUUCCUAACCUAAUAGAGACCAAAGGCCGCCUGUGCCUGGAGGGCUUUCUCCCUUGUCACUGCAGCUUGCUUGCCAUCCUCUCUGCCUCCCUGCCUCCAGCUGGGCCUGGGAGUGUGGUGGGCGAUGGACAUGACUCUUCCUUAGCAUUUGCUGCCUGGCAAGAGGUCUUGCCUGAAGGCUCCCUCUUCCGAAAGGCUGCCAAACCCUGCGCCUGGGCCAUGCUUAUCAUUCCGGCUGCCUUGGUGCCCAGGAAGAGCGGGGCUUCCAAGGACUGGCCUGUCCCAGAUGUAUUCCAGGGAAACGGGUAUGUGCUGUCCUCCUGCCAGCCCAGCAGCCCCCAAAUCCCCCCUGGAAGCAGAGAAUGUAAAAUAAAUCUGGGUACCAGGGA